UUUUGGAGCUUGAUCUAUAUAGGGUUGGAGAAUGGCGGGGAAGAAUAAAAAGAAGCGUUGUAUUUUGCGGAAAGUGGUUGAGAAGGCUGCCUCUAACCUUAAACGGAGACCAGCUGAGGCACCCAAUGAUUUUAAGGACAUAGUUCUCUCCUUAGCAGAAGCCGUCAGAUUCUGUUACGCUGAGACACUCGGCAAGUGGCCCGUCUUAGACCCUCCCAGAGCCCUCAUUUAUACAGCUCUCAUCGAUAAGGGUAAGAAAACAGUUGCAAUGGAAUGUGGCCAAAGAAGUGAUUGUGUACAACUGAAAGACCCCGAAAUGUUAAAGGACUUAUAUGAGAUCAAAAGAUGCUUGACACGAACCAUGCUUGUCAGCAAAAAACGCUUUCGUGCCAAAUUAUUUGCUGCUGGCUUUGUCAAUGAGGAUGUUCUCCUAAGGAAGAGAAGAACUCGGAUUCUAAAGCCAGCUUUGACAGUUAUACUUGAUAAAGAAGCAAAAUGUUUGUUGGUGUUCAUCCGUGGAACUUGUAGUUUAACAGACACGCUGACAGAUGCAAUGGGUGCUUCCGUUUCCUUCGAACAUAAAUUCAUUUGCAGUGAUGGUGAGGUGAGAAGGAACACUAUUUCAGGACAUGCACACCGUGGUAUGGUUUCUGCAGCAGAUUGGAUUAGAAAGCGCUGCACCCAUAUAUUACAAGAUGCUCUUCGUCAAUACCCUGGUUUCCAAAUCAAGGUAUUAAUUGUCACCCUGUUAAUUAUACUGCCAAACUCUUUUGGAAGAAUUUACGUUCAUUGAUUUUAAUUAAUGCACCCUUGUAAUGCCACAUAUAAUAUUAUCUUUUCAUAGAUCGUGGGGCACUUGGUGGUGGCACCC